AUGCUGCACCGAUCCCGAGCCUCUCCAGGGCCUCGGGCUGUUUGCCUGUAUGCGCACGCCUGCAGGAUCCCCCCAUCCACAUACCACGCCCUCGUCUUGCCAUGCAUUGUGCCGCUCGCCCGCCAGCAGCGCAGCUUCCAUGACUACUUCAUAACCCAUAUCCCCUCGAGCUCCCUGUCGCCGGACUCGCGAACCCAGCCCGCGCUCCACCACCGACUCCCUCGCGACAAGAGCACGCCCUACAAUGCCGACCAGACCAGCCGCUCGCCCGCUGCCGUCUUGGGCCCGCCGUCACGAGACAUGACGGUGGUGCGCAUACCGUUGAAGAGUGCCAAACAUCACUUUGGCGUGUCAUUGUCCCGAGGGGCACGGCCAUACAAUGAGGAUGCAUUCCAAGCCGGCACCAUCGACCUCCCCGCAUUCGCGAAGCGGCGGCCCAUUUCCCUGACUAGAAAAGGGCAGGGUGGAGACGAUGGCCAAGUGAGACCAGAAGUAGGCGCAAGUGGCGAUCCUCAGGUCUUCUAUUUUGGUGUCUUUGACGGGCAUGGCGGUGCCGAAUGCUCAGGGUUCCUCAGGGAGCAGCUGCACGACUACUUGGAAAAGGCGACACAACAAUUUGAGCUGAAAAGCAGUCUCCUACCAACAGCGGGGUCCAAAUCAACUGAGAGUGCCAUGGCUGGCGUGCCGCCGGUCAAGCAAUCGGACAGCAUACGCAAGGCAGAGGAGCUGGAACGACAGCUAGUCAAGCAGUGGAAAGAGCUGGUGGGCGGGUACUUUCGACGCUUCAAACCAGAGCACUUUUCCAUGUCGGCAGGUGGACAAGGCCAUGCUGCUGAAAAGGAAGUUGUGCAGAAGGGCCAGACAAGAUGGUCGGGCAUAUCAGACAGGGUUGAAGAGGGCAUUGGGAUUGAGACUGUGCUCGAGUAUGCGUUUCUCAAGGCCGACUAUGACUUUGUUGCGGCACAGGUGGGCAAAAAAGAGGAGGAUGCGGUUCGAGCGGACAAGGCGCUGAACGACGAUGACAUUCUCGGCCAGCCAUCGCGCACGACGAGCAGACAGAUUGGGGGAGAAAACCGAUUCAAGGGCGGCAGCACAUGCAGUGUGGCACUCAUUUCUACCCCGACGGCAUCGCCAUUCUGGCACCCAUCUUCGCCAUCAUCACUGAUUACAGCGCACGUGGGGGACACGAGGAUACUUUUGUGCAACACGGCGACUGGACUGGCCGUGCCGUUGACGUCCAACCACCAUCCAUCGCUGCCAGAAGAAGCGACUCGACUCCGACGGUUCGCGGCGUCGUUUGUCACCGACUCGUUCGGGGAAGAACGCAUGUCUGGGCUGGCGAACACGCGGUCGUUUGGCGACAUGGCGUCGAAGCGGGUUGGGGUGUCUGCAGAGCCAGAGAUACGGCGGAUCGAGCUGUCGCCAGCCGAAUAUUCAUUCCUCGUUCUGUGCUCAGACGGGGUGUCAGGACACCUUUCAGACCAAGAGAUUGUGGACAUUGUCAAGGAGGCAAAGACGCCGGAGCAGGCAGCGCGGGACAUGGUUAGCUUUGCGGUGGAGACGUCGACGGGCAGCGAAGGAGCGGACAAUGCGACGGGGCUAGUGGUGCGACUGGGAGGAUGGGAGCGGCGGGGGGAAGGAGGACUAGGCAGCUUGGGCACCAAGGAGAUGCGGGACUGGAGGAGGCAGGAAGCAGAGAACCCAAGAGCCAUGGGACGGAUGUAAAAGCGUCUCAUCUUUUUUUUUGCCUUUUUUUCUUUUCUUGCCUGGGGUGGAGGGCAGGGUGCAUUAUCAGGCGCAUUUUCUUCUUCUUCGUCUUUUUUUUUUGCUUUGUAGCAGAGUAGACGGUGGUGUUGCAGCUGUAGAAGGUUGAUAGACAUCACGUGCACGUCU